UCUCACCAUGCCAAUUCCUGUUUCCUUCUCCAGCAGCGCUCACCAGCAGAGCUCAGCUCAGUUCCAGCACAAAGUCCUAACUUGGGAAGAGGAGCAGAGCCCGGAGCACGCUCAGCAUGGAGAAAACUGGAAAGGAAGGAGCUUGUCAACCGUCACCGUCUCAGAACCACUGGAACCUGGCGAUGGAUAUUAAGCGUGUGAAGGACUAUAUCUACUGGCUGUACUACCAGUACCUGCUGAUCACCUGCAGCUACGUGCUGGAGCCGUGGGAGCAGUCCAUGUUCCACACCAUCACGGUGACUGUUUUUGCAAUGGUGGUGUACACGGCGUAUGUCUUCGUCCCCAUCCACAUCCGUUUGGCUUUUGAGUUCUUCUCCCAGAUAUUUGGGGUCCAGCCCGACAGCACGGUGUCCGUGCUGAACUGAACUUGGCUGAGCAGUGAUCAGCAGCUCUCGCAACGUCUGAAAUGCAACGUCUUCUACAACCUUGUGUAUUUAUUCUGAAGAAGUUUUGCAGUUAUGAAAAUACCAUUUUCUCUUACAAAAUACGGCUCGCUUAAUCACCAUAGCUGACAACCAGAAUAAUGCACUGCCUGCUGGCUGCGCGGUCCUGGUUAAAUCAAAUCCAGGCCAGCUUCUGUUGUGUGAUAAUGAAACGCAUCCUCUGGAAUGCAACACUUCCUAAUAUUGCACUGCCUCACUCUAAGAAAAAUAGUCAUGUACCAUGAGUCCCCUGCAUUCAAGAGCAUCUUUUACUCUCUAACACCUCUAGGACUUAACUUCUUUGGCAUAACAGAAGGCAGGCAGUUCAGAAUUACAUGGUUCCAGCACCCUGAUUUUGCCAUAUUGGCAUAUGGAAACAGUAGAGGCUGCUUAGGAUGGCUGUGAGGAAUGGCAUUAUGGAAAGACGUUCAGUCAACAGAGUACUGUGGCAAAAUAUACUGUGCUUCCCUUGACCCGAGUGAGUGAAUGUAAGGAGAUGAGUGAAACGCAGCACGAUUUGAGUGCUAAUAUCUGAUUAUUGGCUACUGGAUUUUAAUGGAUAAGAAAUUAGAAGGGAAAGUGAUAUGGGUAUGAACUUGAAUCCAACUGUCUGCAUGUAAGUUGCCGCUUCUUUAGGCAGUCUAAAUAAGAUAGUGACAAAUCAGCCUGUAGGUGAUCUUGCAGUUUGCUGGAAAUGAUGCCAAGAAGCAGAAUGGGCUCUGUGUUGGUGCACCUCUGCCACCCCAGAGAAAGGCUGAGCCAUCCCUUACUUCUGCUCUCAUUCACUGAGGGAAGCAAAGUGCUGCACCAGGGGAAGAUGAUCCAGUAAGUAGAGUGGAAGUAAUAUUUUUAAAACUGCAGGGAUGAUGCCUGAGUGCUUCAAGAGAUCUCCUUUAGAAAGAAGAAAUGAGAUUUAUUUUAAUUGCCUGCGGGACAUUUCUCAAAGAGUGGAAGGUCUGUUGGCUUCUCACUCUCCAUUUGAAGCAAAUAUCAAUGCCAAAUGAUAAGUUAUACAGUGCAUGUAUCAGCUGAUGCUACUGUUAUUAAAACGAGAAGUGUGAAAUGUAAAUAGCAGCGCUUCAAAGAAUGACGCCUUCCCACCUUUAUUUGGAAACUAAGACAUGUUUUGAAGGUUGGACAGAUCUGAACAUGUGUAUGCAGUUUUUCAGAAAACAAUAAAAAUUUAUUCUUUGGAAACAGUAUUUCAGUGCUGUCG